UCACUUCACUUCAAGAUGGCGAGCAGCAACAAGGACCUGGAGGAGGAGAUUUAUGACAAAGUGGUGGAUCUGGCGGAAUAUACUAAACGCCAGAGAUGGUGGAACCGCCUGUUCGGUAAAAACUCUGGUCCGUUAGCAGAGAAGUACUCUGUAGCCACGCAGAUCGCCAUAGGAGUGAGUGGAUGGUGUGCAGGUUAUCUCUUCCAGAAGGUGGGCAAGGUUGCUGCUACAUCUGUCGGGGGGGGCUGCUUAUUUUUCCAGAUAGCGAAUAACAGCGGCUACAUCCAAGUCGACUGGAAGAGGGUGGAGAAGGAUGUCAACAAAGCCAAGAAGCAGCUGAAGAAGGGAACUAAUCAAGCCGGGCCCGAGCUCAAUACCUUAAUGGAGAAGACGACGGAGUUCGUGAAGAAGAACAUCGUGGUGACCAGCGGCUUCAUCGGAGGCUUCCUGCUGGGCCUGGCAUCCUAGAGCCUGCCAAAGAAGACGAGUCCGUCCCCGACGCCAACCUGUAGAGAACAGUCCUGAACCGGAGGGUCGCUGGAGGGUUUUCAGUGUGUUCUGUUGCUUCGUAUGCUGCGCCUCCAUCUCUUCAUACUGUACUUCCACACUUAACUUUAAUCAUGUGGGACUUAAAACACUCGAUAGGCCAAAUAAUUCUACAUAUCAACAUGAACCCAGAGUUUCAGAUCCUAUUUAUUUUUCUCUAGUGUUCCAAAACGAAAGAAAAAUGCACUAUUAAAGCUGCACUGUGAGGAAAGUUCACUCAAAUCCUCCUGUGUUUCCACACAGGAGCUCUGCUGAGGAUAUAAAGCCAGUGUUGUAUUUUGACUCCGAGUCCGUAUAUUCAGAGAGCUGAUGGGAGUGGGAUUGUUCUGCCUUUUUUUUUUGUGGAUUAUAUCAGCCUCUCCCCGUGUUCCUUUCUCUCAAUGUGUCGUUCAAGGAUUUGAUGCUUUUACAUACUCAAGGCUGUGGUUUCUGUGUAAAGAAAUAAAG